AACGAGUGGGGAAGGGGCAGAGAGAGAGGGAGAGAAUCCCGAGCAGGCUCCACACUGUCAGCACGGAGCCCGAUGCUGGGCUUGAAUUCACGAACCAUGAGAUCAUGACCUGAGCUGAAACCAAGAGUCGGGCGCUUAACAGACUGAGCCACCCAGUCACCCCAAGAGAGAACAUUUUAGACAUUACCUAGACCAGUGGUACCCAGCCUGUCUACUCAUUAGGGUUAUCUGGGAUACCUAGAAAGCUGAUGCCCCAAACUCCAUCUCCAGAGAUUCUCAUUCCAUUUGUCAAAGGAUUAGGCCUAGACAUCGUUGCUUUGUAAAAACAGCCUGGAGGUUCUAACAUAGAGUCAGGAUUGAGAAGCGCUCCUUUAGAAUAGAGGUCUUGACUUUGGCAUAUAUUAUAACCACUUAAAGACCUUUGAAAAAUACUGACAACUGGGUCUGACCCUGGGAUUCUGAUUUAAUUGGUCUGGGAUGAGACUGGACCUCAGUAUUUUUAAAAAGCUCCCAAGAGAACUUAAUGUGCACCCCAGUGUGCGACCCGGGUCCCAGACCAACGAUUUCAUUUUGCAGUCGGGAAACUGAAGCCUAGAGAUGGGCACGUAUUCCAGAGGCACACAGCAAACUCCCUCUCUCAUACUGCAGAGCACAAAGCACUCGCCUCCUUUAUUUCUAUCUCUGAUCUUUUGCUUCCAUACAAAUAAUCGCAUUUAAUCCUCACAACGCUGGUGAGGUGGUGGGCGGCCAUUACUCCCACUUUAGAGAAGACUGUCCAGGAAUAAAACUGUCAAAGUGACUCGCCCAAGGUAGAGGUAAGAACCUAGAAUGUCCGGUCCCUGGUCCAAUGCUCUUUUAACCCCAUCCCAUUGUCAUAUACGGGUUCUAGAAUGAACAGGUCAGUGCCGUGAGGUGGGUUCCAGGUGUACAAGGGAGGGACUAUGAAGUGACGUUCUAGAAUGGUGGAAAGGGUAGGAGAGGAGGCAGGUGACUGUUCCCUCACAAACGGGAGCUUUGGGGCAGACAUGUCCUAUUUCAUGUCUCCACAAGCUCAUCAAGGUCUUCUGCCUUCCAGCCAAGGUGGGGCUGCUUCUCCGGGCGCAUCCCUUGGCCUCUAUAGUGCUGUAGAGCCAGUAGUGGUGGCCCCUGGUGGACUAGGCCCACUGAGCCAGAAACCUGAGCAGGUGGCGCCUGCUGCCCAGGCCCGGGCCCCGGCCCUGGCAGUGCCGGAAGCCAGGGGCUGCCCUGGGGGGGCUAGCUGGGAGACCCUGCGGCGGAAGGAGUACAGCCGAUACCACCACAAGUCCCCCCACGCGAGGCAGCCGGAGAGCUUGGGCUGGGAGGACGGCUGCUCCAGAAACAGAGCUCCCCACCUGGGUGGCCCCAGCAGGCCUGGGCCCCUGCUGCUGUGUGGGCUGUCACCAGGGAUUUUACCCAUGCCCUCUGAGGCUGGGGGGAAGGAGGCCGGCUCCCAGCCUGACAUCUGCAUCCUUACCCUGGCCAUGAUGAUCGCUGGCAUCCCCACCGUGCCUGUCCCCGGCCUGCGGGAAGAGGACCUGAUCCGGGCAGCUCAAGCUUUCAUGAUGGCCCAUCCGGAGCCAGAGGGGGCUGUGGAGGGGGCGCGGUGGGAGCAGGCACGCGCCCACGCAGCCUCUGGGCAAAUGCCCCUAAUGGGAUCCAGGAGAGGCCAGCCUCCUGGCUCCUGCUUGUAGCUGGAUGAAAUAGCACCAGACACACAGGGUGGCUUCUCCGUAUGGUUUUUGGGCAGACAGGAUUGGGGGUGCCUGUGGCAAGGAUGGGGACAGGGCAGUCGUUGGAGCUGCUCUGACGAACGCAAGUCUUUCAUCAGGGUCCAGACCCCAGGAAGUUUCUCCAGAUAGCACUAAGUCAGGAAAUAGAUCUUAUCAGAGGAGUUAUGAUGAAAAUUACCUGAGGUAGGGGGCCCGGCUCGGAGUGGAGGUCGCUUUUGUAUUGUUUUGGGAUCCGAUCAAGAUUUCUUGGACAACGUCCUAGGCAAUGUGAAUUUUCCUCUUGCCUUACAUUUCCCGGCCAGCGGAGGGCAGGUGAUGGGAGCAGAGGCAAGGAAGGAAAAUGAACAGUUAUUUGAGCACCCACUGGGCACUGGGCCCAUUACAUGCAGGCUCUCCUUUAGUCUUGCCAAUGCUGUGAGAUCUCCAUUUUUACAGAUGAACAGAUUGAGCCUUUUUAAGGGUGGCUUGCCUGAAGUCUCAGAGCUAGUAACAGGCACAGCUAGGCCUCAGAAAUCAGGCAAGGAACCAGGAUUUGCAUGUAGUGUCAGACUCCAAGUCUUUCUGCGAUAUUUGCUCUGCUGCCUUCUAGAAGACAAAAAACUAGACAAGUGCUGGAAUAGGCAACAUUUGACUUUAAUGACCUCUGGGUGGGGGAUAGGGGACAAAGGCUGGGAUCCACCUUCUCUGUGGGUCAGGUGAAUCAUCUAAUGACUGGGGAAGCUGUUACCAGGCCCCUGCCCUUGAUCUCCACUGUCUUAUCCUAGAGCAGGGGGUCACCUGUUUUUGCAAGGCUCUUGAGCUAAGAAUGGUUUUUAACCUUCUGAAAAGGCUGUCAACGCAAAACCAAGCCAAGAAUAUACAAGAGAGACUGUGCCCAGCAAAGUCUAGAGUAUUUACUGCUAGGCCCUUUACAGAAAAAGUUUGCUGACUCCUGUCUUAGGAACUAGACACAUUUUAGGUAGCAGUCUGCAGUAGAAUAGAAGAGCCUUGUCCUUUCCUGGAGGGAGGGCCCAUGGAAGUACAACAGUGUGAGGGCAUGUUGGUGUGUGUGUGUCGGGGUGGAUGUGAGUGUGUACGUGUGUGUGAGCAUCUCUGGGCACAGGGUAAUCAGAGCUGGACCUGCUCAUAAGGGCCGAUCCAGCUGUCGGCCAGUUCCCGCAAGGUGCUGUACCUCCGUUCAAACUCCUCCUGGCUGCAGUGCUGCAAGAGCUGACUCACCUCCUCAGUGAGGAGCGCCACGGCCAAGUGCUUGUCCAGUGUCUCACUCCACUUGCUGCCCAGGAUGUUGUCUAGACUGGCAGCACAGCCUGCUGUCCACUGGGCUGGCAGCAUGUCGGGCUGGAGCACCUGGUGGCGGGCACUGAGCAGGGCUAGGAUGUGGCGGCAGGGCAGGUGGAAGGCCUGGUUAAAGUAGCAGCUGCAGCUGGCAGGGGGCUGAGGCUGCACCCUAUGGGUGUCCUCCAGGAUCUGUAUGUUCACCUUUUCUGAGCCGGAGCCAAUGAGGUGCACCGAUUUCUGGACCACAGCAAGCUCACCCAGGCAGAGCUGGGCCGCUGGCCCCGUGCAGAUGGCAUUGAGGGAGUGCUGGAUGCGGGCUUCUACUAACUGCUCCACUCGGGGGCUUUCGGGGCUGACGUCUAAGGGGGCGUGAUUGUUCUGGGGACUCAGGCCCAGGCUGGAGCUUGCCUUGUCUCCAGAGUUCUGCUGCAUGUAUCGGAGCAGCAAGGUCAUGCCUUGUUCCACACACGGGGUGGUGCCAAAGAACUGGCUGAGGACACGGGUGGUGACCUCCAGGCCCUGGAAGUAGCGGCUGCUCUCAGCCCGGCUUCUCCAGCGGUGGGCCAGCCAGAUGCGGUCAUUGAGCAGCCAGUGUGAGUGGAGCUCGGGCAGCUGGGCCGGAGGGAUGCAGCUGCUCAGGAGCGUAUACAACUUCCUCAGGUUGCCAGCUGUGGCCGAGCACAUCGUGCUCUGCAGGGAAGUGAGAAGCACCCUCUCCACAGGCUGUUCAAGGGACAGCUGAUAGAACUUGCCCUGGAGGAACUUACAGAUGUGGAAGGCUGAGAGCAGGACCUCGGCUGCGGGGAACUCCAUAGUGAGGGUGGGCAGGGGGAGGAAGUGGGGAUCCACCAGGAUGGUACAGACUCUCUCCCAUGCUGGGUUAAACUUCUUAAACACCUGGAACAUCUGGGCCAGGCCUUCAGCAUCCUCCUUGGCGGGAAUGGCGAAGUAGACCGCCCGGGCAAGAUGACCCUCCAGCUGCACCCGAGGUCCAUCUACCAGGAAGGUAUAUAGCACCUUGCCCACUGGGUUAUAGGUCCGGUGGAUAAAUAAGAUCUCAGGGAAAUGGGCAAAGACACCUUGCAUAAAGCAGCUCUGGUAGUUGAGGGUAUCUAACUCAGCAGUCUUGCUAAUCUGAUACAGCAGCAUAGGUGGGUUUGGGUCCUCAAUCAGGAGCUCAUUCAGCAUUGUCAGGGCCAUGGGGAGAUGGGAGAUGUCUUGAUGCCAAGGUCAAAGUACUUUCUCUGCAAGGCUGCCGUCCAGGAGACUCUCAGGAUCUCAAGCUCCAACUAAGUUGAAGCCUGAGGCUGGACUGUAGUUCCCAGAUCUUGUUCCGAAGAUGGGCCUAGGGAGAGGAACACAAGUUUAAGGCAAUAGUAGGGGCUUAGCUCUUCAACUGUGUAUCCAGACAAUAUUGCUCACUAUGUAAGUAUUGCUUAUUACUGUGACAGUAUUGCUUACUGUUCUGGGGGAGAUACACAAUAAACGUGUAAACAGAUAAAGAUAUAACAAAUAAGGAAGGUUACAAAGACCACAAAACUGGGUAACAGGUAGAGAGUAAGGUGGGGGAGGAAGGGAUACUUUAGCUAAGGUGGCCAGGGAAGCUCUCUCCGGGUGGGGAGAGAGGAUGACAUUGGAGCUGAGACCAAUUGGUAAGGUGGCCAUAGGAAAAUUCAGUUCCAAGAGAUUGAAAUGGGCGUGAAGGCUGGAGGUGCAUGUGGCCUUUUUUUUUUUUUUCUUAAAUAGCAUUUUAAAUAUCUGUUUAGUGCUUUAUAUUUGCAAAUUACUGCUGGCAUCCAUUCUUCCAUUUGGUCCUGGUAUAUACAAGCGAACUGAUUGCCCCCCAAAUUGUAUGAUUCUGGGCAAGUCAGUGACACUCCCUCUGAGCCUCAACCCCUUGAACCACGAACAGGGGCUAUCAAAUGUGCUUGGCUUCUCCUGCCUCUCCAUUAAUCCCUCUAUUAACUGCAGUACUCUGUUCAAAUGUUUCCUCUAUUUGGCCCCAAAUCGGGUUACUGUCCCCAUUCUACAGAUAAGAAACUGAGGUUCAAAGAGGUUAAGUGACUUGCCCACCAUUACUCUGUAAGUAGCCGGAAGCUGAGUCUUUGACUUCGGAUCCUGACUGCUUUCCACACAGUACCUGAGGUCCAAACACCAGAGAGGGGCCGCAGCCUCUGACCUCUCACCUCUAACCCGGGUGGGAGGAUGUAGAUGUCAGACGUUCCCAUUCGGAGUCCGGCCGGAGCCGGAAGAGAAGUCAACCUCCCACCCCUUUGGGGGCUGUGUCACGGCUGACCGCGGUCAUCAACUGCCUCACACCUCCACGCCUUCAGAAAUCACUCACCCACUGCCUGGCUCCGUCGCCAUGUCUCCCUAUUUGACCCUGCCUGACUCUGACUGACCUCUAGGCUCACCAACCGCGGCGCCAGCUUCGCCGUGACUCGGACCAAUGGCCUCAAGAGUUCGCGGUCGAUCUUUGGGGCAUAGACCAAUCGUAGCCUGGCGAUUUGUGGGCGGGUGCUGUUCCUAGGGUUACGAGGGGCUCGGCUGGCGGUGACCAAUGAAAGCCCGAAGAUACUAGCAUCCUGGCAAGCCUAAGCUCCGAGGCUGGAACUCCGGAGCCCCGCGUCUGGGGAGAAGACUCUGGAAGAGCCUGUUACUAUGGAAACUCCUCAGAGGCCGAAAAUGAAAAGGAAAAUAAAUUGCAGUGCUUUAUGGA